CCUCCUCCACCUCCACGCCGCCUUUCAUUCGAACUCUUGGGAGGUUUCCAUUCAAGACCAGUGCUCGCUGCGAGUCCCGACGCGGCGGCGGCGGCGGAGCCGCUCUCCUCACCCGCUCGCAAUCGCUGCUCCGUUCGCCGCCUCACAUCCAUGGAUUCCACCCCGGCUCCUGCCGCCGCCGCCGCGGAGACGCCGACCACCGCCCCGGCGUUCGAGGAAUGCCUCCGCCUCCUCCGCGGGGAGCGCGACGAGCAGAAGCUGGCGGGCCUCCUCGUCGCCGCCAACCUCUGCCGCGCCGGCGACGCCGCCUCCGUCGUCGAGGUGUACCGCGCCGUCGGGCCCCGGUUCCUCCGCCGCCUCCUCAACACCGGGCUGGGGAAAGUGGAGGGCGGCAAGGAGGAGGACAGGGAGGCGUACCUGCGUCUCUCGGUGACGGUGCUUUCCGGGCUUGCUCGAUUCCCAGAGGUUGCCGCCGACGAGGGGGUCGUCUCCACUGUGCCCCUCAUCGCCGAGAUCGUCUCCAAAUCGUCUGAUCUGGCAAUUACUGAAGAAUGUUUUGAGCUCCUGUCUCUUAUUGCAAUAGCUUCAGAUGGUGGGGCGCAUACGUUUUGUGAACCUGGAGUGAUGGAUAUGCUCUUCCUCCAAAUCUCAAACUUCCCAGAUGGUUCAAGGUGCUUAGAGCUUGCCAUUCAUCUAAUGCAGCUACUUGUUCAUAAAAUCAGAAUAGACAACAUGACCGUGGAGAAACUGCAAGGCAUGACAAGCAUGGUGACCUCACUUGCUAGGCUUUUUGCUGUUCUUCAUACUACAGUUAAAUUUGAAGCGCUGCAUAUGCUUACCGCCCUUCUAUCCCAAAAGGAAUCUCCGCUUCAUGACGCUUUGAGAUCAGUACCUUCCAUGAUUUGGAAAUGUCAAAUUCGAGUUGGGAUAACGGCCGUUCUCCAAAACCGUGUUGUAUCUUCUGAAAAGUUGCAAGCUCUUCUUUUGGCGGAGUGCAUGAUGUCUAUACUUGGUGAGAAUUGGCUGUCAGAAGAAUACAAAGUCCCUGAUGACCAGAAUAUGAUGCCUGUUGAUAAAUUUGUAUUGCUUGUCCUAGAAUCUGCAAGAAUCGAAGUUUCUGUCCUUCUAAAUGAGCUUGCUUAUUUGAAGUAUGAAUCUUCAAAAAAUUCCCAGAGAGAUGAUGCCAUCAGUCAGAAAGAGAGAAACCUGGCUAUAUUAUUUUCACUAAUAGAAAGAAUAAUAAAAAUGAUAUCAAAUGCCAGUAGUGGGGAAGGUGCUGUAUGUCAGACCAUCCGUGAGAGCACCAUCAUGAAAGCAAUUACAGGAUUAAAUGAGACAGUUGGCUUAGUUUUAGACUUUCUGCAGGACGCAAAGGAUCAUGGGCAAAGGAAAGGCGAUGAUCUUUUGGCGGCUGUGAGAAUAGUAGGAAGUUAUCUGGCAGAGGCACCAUAUGCCUGCAAGGAGAAGAUUAGACAUCUGCUGGAAUUUAUCUUCUCUGUUGAAGGGCAAGAUGAAUCAAGCUCAUUCCAUUCUAUUUGUUUUAUGCUUCCCAUGCUAUCACAAAUAACAAUGGAGGCUGAUGGAUGUAGAAUUUUGGCAUCAUUUGGAGGCUAUAAAAUGGUUAUAGACUGCCUUAUUAAAAUGAUCGAACAGAAUGGAAUGAUGAUUGACACUGGUAACAUGUUUUUAGCAUGUGAUACCAUCAUAAACUUUUUGUCAAAUAUGAAAAAUGCUCAUAUUCAAAUGGGGUCUUGUUUUGUCGGCCUUCUAAAAGCACUUGUUUCAUGGACUGGAACCGCCGAUGAUUCAUCAGUUAUCAUAACAGCCUCCUGCUUAUGCACGUUGGUGUUGGACUUAACAACAGAAGAGUUUUUAUUGAGCAGCUCUGAUUUUGAUUCCAAGACACUUGAGAAGUUGUCAAAGCUCAUUGCCAGAAGUUUGCAUCAGGGCAUUCCUGACGACGACAUAGAACAAUCCAACCAAAAGCAAAUCAUACUAUCAGGUUACAGGAGGUGGUCUGAUAGAUAUCCACGUGUUAAAAACAUCCUGCAGCAGCAUGUUUCUGUGUGAUUUUCUGCUUAUGAUUGCCGUCAAUCUCUUGUCAAAAGAGAACCCACCCCCCCAGAUACAAACCUUAAGUUAAAGUAUACCCGUGCCUGAUAUUCUUCAAUCUUAAGGUGGGUCCUUUCGAUUCACAAACUAGCCAUUCUCGCACAUUAUUUGCAUGUGAGAUGCUGCUGAUGUGCCCUUAUUUGUUUAGGGGUUUGCCAAAUGCCAAUGCAUUCUUUGUGGGUGCAAGCAAUUAUAGGUUACGGUAGUUCCUCCAUGUAACAGCUAGAUAGUACUACACCUAAACGGAUGAGCAAGAUGCCAUUGUAUACAGUGUCGCGUUGCUUGGCAGUGCACCAUAUUGGAAGGAGUAGAUGCGAAGGGAAAAUGUACAUAUUCACCUUUUGUCUGUUGUAUCGACGAGUAUUUUUUGUAAUGGAAGGCUUUAAUGUAGUGCAAAUAACUCGCUUGAAUUUGUUUCGCUUGUGCGCACUUAAUAUGCAACUAAUAGUUGAUGAGUAUUUGUGCAUUUUCGAAA